AGUAACUCUAAAUUACCUACAUUGACAGGUGAUAGAUAGCCUAUAUAUUUGUGUUAAGUUUUGUGCGACUUUGUAGAACAGAAGAUUAAAGAAAUAUAACUGAUAUUACUUCAUUCCUGAUUGUGAGAUAAAACAUCAUAAUGUGUGGGGGGUUUACUUGUUCAAAGAAUUCACUUGGAUUUUUAAAUGUUGUGUUUUUGUUGGUUGGAGUUCUUCUGAUAGCAGUUGCAGCUUAUGCAAAAGCUGCGGCUCAGAUUACAUCCUUUGAAAUCUGUGGAGGAAUAAUCGCAUCGGGAUUAUUUCUUUUCCUUAUUGCACUUUUGGGAUUAAUUGCCACUACAAAACAUCACCAAGUUUUGCUCUUUUUUUACAUUGUAAUCUUGUUUCUUCUUUUCAUCAUUCAAUUCUCUGUUUCAAUUGCUUGUUUAGCUCUAUCAGAAAUGCAAGUGGCCAAAGUUUUGGGAAAUGUUUGGGGAACGGCGCCUUCAAAUACAAAAAAUGAUGCUCAAGCUUACUUUAAAUGUUGUGGUUGGUUGGAAAAUGACCCAACUUCACAGGAUUGUAUUUUAGCAAAAGCUUGCCAGGAGCUACCGACAACAACACAAAUCACAACAAACCCGGCAACGAAUUCAACUCCUGUUUGUACGACAUGCAGCUCAAUUAUCCCACAGACUGUUAGUAAGGGUUUGGAGGCAACCGGGGGUAUUGGUCUCUUCUUUAGUUUUAUUGAGAUGCUUGGAGUAUGGUUAGCGGUUCGUUUUAGAAAUCAAAAGGACCCGGCUGCAAACCCAAGUCAGUUCUUAUGAAGUGGCAACUUAUAACCAGAAGAAAAUAAAGAGCUAACACGCUUUUCAAAUGUUUUCUCUUGAACCAUAAAACACAGUUGUAGUUUUUUUACACCCCUGCUCUUAGGAGACACACAUUGUAUCGAUAUAUGCUGUAGUUUUAAUAUAAAUUAGUUACAUCAUCAAAAGGAAAUUUUUAACGUUCAAUGUAUACUGUUGUUUGUUGUGAUAACCAGACACUGAACUCAUGGUGUGCUGUUUUGUAUUUUAUUUAUGCCCAACGUGUUAAAGCAUAUCAAUUGAAUUGGUCCUCAUUGUACAAUUACUGUACGAAGCAGGCAAGCGUACCUCUAUGCUGAUAAGUUACUGCUUUAUUUAAAUCCGAAUAUGUUACUUGUGUAGAUAUGUGUUUGUGUGUGGAGCAGAUUGUAACCAUAUGCUUUUUCGCUUUUGAGUACCUGAAAUUAUUUGUAAUUGUGCAGUAGUAGAGCGUUCUGCAUGUUUGGUACAUGUAAAUAGUGAAUCUAUGCCAAGAUAAUAUAGCAUUAUUGUGUUAAA